AACUGCAGUUAGUUUUCAUAGCUGGCAAGAUGACAACGAUUGUGCGGGAAAUGAAAAUCGAUGAUAUCGAUGAGGCCAGCCUCUUUGUGCGCGAUCAUUUCUAUGGGCACGAGCCGCUGAUGUUGACGCCCGGUAAUCAUCCGUUGAUCUAUGACGAUCCAAAGAAGCGCGAGUAUCGGCUGUCGCUGGUGCGCCAAGGCACCUCUCUGGUUGCCGUCGAUCAGAGUCGAGAGGGUCGGACUGUGGGUGUCGCCUUUGCUGGUGUCAUGCAUCCCAGCGAUCUGGAGCAGAACUGGCGGGAGGUCAAUGAGCGCAAGCCGAAGCUCUUGAUGGAGCAUAUUCAUUAUUUCCUGUGCAAUAUUAAGAAACACGCUCAGUUCUUUGAGCACUAUAACGUCACAGAUGCUCUCUAUCUAAAGACAUUGGCUGUCGACUCAACGAUGCGGCGUCAGGGACUGGCGCGACGGCUUGUCGUUACGCUCAUGGAGCUGGGCCGCACCAGGGGCUAUCCCCUGAUGGUGGCCACCUGCACGGGCCAGUACUCGACGCGCCUGAUGGCCUCCUUGGGCAUGGAGUGCGUGCACUCGGAGCUCUAUGCGGACUACAAGGAUGAGGAUGGCAACGUGGUUAUUCGGCCGCCAGAGCCGCACACCGAGGCGAGUGUGAUGGCCAUCAAGCUGCAGGAAAUGCCCUUGUAUAGUCCGGGACUGUAUAAGACAUUUUUCUAGUAGGAGACAAGCAGGCUCUAUAAGUUUAAUUUGAUUUGAUUAAAAUUCUAUUUUUAAUAA